ACUUCUCGAAUUGAAAAACAAGAAAGUGUAUCGGAAUGGUCACAUGGGUGACGAUAUGAUUUCAGCUGGAUUGCGGAGUGAAUCGCGCGAAACCGAGUGCUCAGAAACACGCUAUGAAUUCUGCACCGUACUUGUUUCCCCCGAAAGAACCCGUGCAUUUUGACCAAAUCCCGUCGCAUCCACCCCAAAGCGUGAACCUGCCCCGUGGCACAGGUGUAAUGAUGUUCGAGCCGCCGCCGCCGCCUUCUUCCUUGUCCCACUACAGCCUCGCUUGCUCGCAGUCGCUGUCACCACCCGACGCGUGGCGUGAAAAUCCACGACAGUCUGUUGAUUUUGAUGCUGACAAUGUGCAUAAUUACGUACCACCCUCAGACCUAAGGCUUGACAAUGUUGCCAACCCCCGCGGUGAUGACGCGCCGAAAGCUACAACUCAGGGUUUUCAUGAGCUCUGGGCUCUUGUGCAAUCUGAUCCCCAUAAUUUUGAUCUCUGGUCGACGCUCCUCAGUCAUGUUGAGACCAAGAACAAGGACAACCUUGAAGCCCAGCGGGGAGUCUUUAAUGCUUUCCUGCCUCUGUAUCCGUACUGCUACAUGUACUGGAAGAAGUACGCGAUGCUGGAAUCCACGCAUGGCAACGACGACAGAGCGUUGAGUAUUUUAGAUCGAGGAUUAGAAGCCAUUCCCCUGUCAAUCGACUUGUGGGUAACCUAUCUUGAUAAAUUCAAGAGUCUGCAAUCGAAGGAUGAUUUGUGUUCGGAAGCCGCCAUUCGUGGGAAGUAUGAAAUGGCGGUUAAAACUGCCGGACUGGACUUUCGAUCAGAUCCGUUGUGGUCGCAUUACAUAAAGUGGGAGAAAUCUGCAGGUCGUUUGCAGAAAGUGUCUGCCGUAUACAAACGCCUCAUCUCUAUCCCAACGAAAGCCUAUGCUAAGCAUUGGGACGAUUUCCUAGAUCUCAUCCGCCAAAAUCACCCAGAGAAGCUAGUGAAUGAGAUAGAAUUGAAAGAACUGCUUCGCACGUGUGGUGGGAUAAUGAAGGAAGAUAAACUCAGGGAAGCCUUCACAGCAAAGUGGCUGUGUGUUCAUGAGGCAACCAAGCAAGAAUACGACCAGCGCAUCAAAUUUGAGAACAAGAUCAAACGGACAUAUUUCCAUGUCAAGCCGCUUGAUUUGAAGCAGAUCAAAAACUGGCACAAGUAUCUUGACUUUGAAAUCGAGAAAGGAAAUCAAGAAAGAAUUGUCAUCUUGUUCGAAAGAUGUCUCAUUGCAUGUGCCCACUACGAGACAUUUUGGGUACGGUACAUGGAGACAGUGGUCACUCAAGGGUCCGCACCGAAAUUUGAGUCAAAGGAAAAUAUCGUUGGACUCGAAUCUGAUUUACCUGUACCUGGUAAACUGGGAGUUGUAGCGGGGCUGACCAAAACCAGGGACCAGCUUGAUGCUGUUCGACAAAUUUAUCGGCGUGCAUGUGUUGUGCAUUGUCCAAAAUGGCCUGAUGUAAAACUUCAAUGGGCGGCGUUUGAGGAAGAAAAUGGAGACUCAGUGUCAGCGGAGGGACUGAUUCAAGAGGUGAUUACGACUUAUCCAGAGCUUGUGAGUGCCAAAAUUCGGCUGGUAGAAUUGGAGAGAAGACGUGGAGAUUUCGACAAGGUGCAAAUGCUAUUGGAGAAGUUCACCGAGGAAGCACACUCUAAGUCUGUUGCGUCUUUUUUUGCCAUCCAGCACUCUCGCUUCAUAUUCAAGAUUUUGGGCUUACCGGAAAAGGCUCUGGUGGUUUUGCGGAAAGCUCUGAAGAAUGACAAGGGAAAUGUUAGGCUAUACAAUAUGGUGCAGGACAUUUGUUAUCAGAGGCAUCCGGUUGAUAUCAAGGGCUUUUGUGCUGCUUCAGACUUGGCCGUGUUGUCCAAAGAGUUGGAUGACGCACAUAAAGUUAAAUUUGCUCAGAGGAAAGCCUUAUUUUUGCGGGAAUUCGGCAAUCUUGCUGAACAUCGAAAAGCCAUGGAUGCCAUUGAGGACUUGAAGAAGAAGUACAAUGAAGAAUUGAAUGAUACAAGAUUUAAAGUGCAAGCGACUCAAACGGGGGAUGAAUCUGACCAUACAAUUCAAGAAAUUUCUACGAACAAUGAAAGAUCUUCGUCGAAGCCACUCGUUGCAAGCAAUGGCAAGCGGACUCUGCCCAUGGAAACAAAAAUCCCGUCAUUAUUAUCAAUCAAAACUCCUUUGAUACUGGAUGUAACCCCGUUGGAGCCUGUAUCACCUACUCAUUCUGAGCCGAAGACCCUGUGUAUCCCUGAAUGGUUUGUCAACGACGGAGGCGAUUUCGUAAUCAGUGAUGGAGUCCUGGGGAAGUGCGUUUUGCGUUAUUGGCCUGAGUUCCUGAGCAACCGGAGAAAUGAGAGAAUGUGCUCGGUGCUGGACAAAGCGGUGCCGUGGAAGCUGAAGCAGUCCAGAACGGGCCCUUCGUUGCACACCAGCUGGCAUGGCCAGUGCGAUUACACCAAUGAAGAGCUGAAGUUGCUCGAGGAGAAGAACGACAAGUGGCCAGAGGAAUUGUUGGAUGUGCUGCACAGAGCCAUUGCUUUGGUUGGCAUGGAUUUCAACUCAUGCUUGGCGCUUUUGUGUCGUGACGGAAUGGACUGGGUGCCACCGCGGAGUGAGGACCAGGCAGAAGUUGGGAAAGCCCUCGGUGUCGCUGUGGUUUGCCUUGGUGCUGGGAGAACACUGGAAUUUUUGCCGAAAUUGGGGAAUGGGACGUCGAAGCGGCUGUGGAUGCGUCCGGGGAGUUUGCUGGUCAUGGAAGGAGCUGUGCAGAAGGACUGGCUGCAUCAGUUUCCUGCUGAACCCGGGUUGAGAUCCAGGUCUCUUUUGCUCACACUCAAGAUCAUGUAUGCGGUGCAGGAGGAAGUGCCUGCAGUGGCCGUGAAGCGUCGAAGAGAGGUUCCACCCUUGAUGUCAAGCUUUGUGGAGCCCACUGGUAUUGGAAUUGCCUCAGGUCUCCAGCCAGUAGGUUCGUAUCCCUCAACGUGGAAUUCGUCAACUGCACCUCAUGUUUCUCAGAGGUUUGAUGGACCUCCGCCAAUGUUUUCAGCUCCUCCAGAGCGAAGAAGAAGAUAA